CCCUGCCCGCCGGGUCCUGCCCCUCCCGCGGCGCCGGUGGGUCCUGGGAUUCGGACUCGGGGCCGGCUCGUGGCUUCCUCCGGUGGUCCUAGCUCCCUCCCAGCCGGCCCUCGGACCCCGGGUCCCCCCUCUUUCCGGCCAUGUUUGUCCCCUGCGGAGACUCGGCCCCCGACCUCUCGGGGUUCACGCUCCUGAUGCCAGCAGUAUCCGUUGGGAAUGUUGGCCAGCUUGCAAUAGAUCUGAUUAUUUCUACGCUGGACAUGUGUAAGAUUGGUUACUUCUAUACUGAUUGUCUAGUUCCGAUGGUUGGAAAUAACCCAUAUGCCACCGCAGAAGAAAAUUCAACAGAACUCAGUACAAAUACUGAAGUAUACUUGUUACCUUCAAAGAAGCUAGUGGCCCUUCAGUUAAGAUCCAUUUUUAUUAAGUUUAAAUCAAAGUCAUUUUGUGAAAAACUGCUUUCCUGGGUGAAAAGUAGCAACUUUGCCCAAGUCGUCGUUCUUUCCAGCAGUCACUCCUAUCACUGUAAUGACCUACAGCUUGGUGGUACUCCCUUCAGGUACCUGUAUACACCUUCCACGAAAAAAAAUGUUCAAAAUAAAAUAAAGAGCCUUAACUGGACAGAAAUGGAACGAAGCCCAAGUAUCCCUGAGAUAGACGAUUCUGAGUGCUGUAUCCGUAUCCCUGGAGGAGGCAUCACAAAGACACUCUAUGAUGAAAGCUGUUCUAAAGAAAUCCCAAUGGUGAUCCUGCUAAAAUUUGUUUCAGAAGGAGACAACAUCCCCGAUGCCUUAGGUCUUGUUGAAUAUCUUAAUGAGUGGCUCCACAUAAUCAAACCAUGUAGCAAAGAUGACCCCACAACAUCUGCCGUGCCGUGGAAAAUGCCCAGUUCUUGGAGAUUACUCUUUGGCAGUGGCCUUCCCCCUGCACUUUUUUGACCUAUUUUCAGUCUUUUACCCUAUGUCCCCAAAUGCUUGUUCCCAUCAGUACUGGUUAAAAAAAUACCAUAUUAUCUGAGGCUGCAGUAGGAAGAAAAUACUUUUUUUAAGGCUUUAAUUUUCACAGAACAUUUUUAAAAAUGAAUUAACCAAAUUUCAUUAGUGGAUAAUCAGCUUAUUUUGCCGUAUUUUCAUCAUGUACAAUAAAUGUAAAUUUUGUACAAUAAAUUAUUUAGUAGUUUUUAAACCCAGACAUGUAUAUUCAUUUUCUAUUUGUGCUAUAACAAAUUGGUAUGAACUUAGUGACUAAAUAGUACACACUUGUAGCUUGAGGUUCUGGAAACCAGAAGACAAAAAUUUAGAUCUCACUGGACUAAAAGGUUGUGCUUCCUCUAAAAGCUCAUGGGGAAAUGCAGUUUUUUUUACCUCUUUCUAGCUUCUACAAUUCCCAGUCUUUGACAUCUGACAGCCUCCUGUAUCUUCAAAACCAGCAUGGAGCACUUGAAAUUGCUCUCCCUCUUCCAUUUGUAAAGAUCCUUUUGAUUAUAAUGGACCCACGACAGCAAGCCAAAAGAAUUCCCCAUCUUAACCGAAUUUUAGUAUUUGGGCCAGAGAGAUGAUAAUACAGCGAGUGGGGCACUGGUUUUGGUGGAGAUUGAAGAUAGAGACAGACUAAGAUGCCCCAGCCUAUGGGUUUCCCCACAGAAAUACCAACAUCUCAAUAAUAAUCAGAAUACUAUACAAGAACUCCAGAACCCAGUUUAGAAUUUUCCAUAUUUACUUCGGUAGAUCUCCCUAAAGAAACACCAACAUAUCAAUAAUGAAUCAAAAUCGGUUUAUGAGUGCAGAACCCACUUAAAUGUCAGCCGGUGAGCCGGAAGUCGAGAACAGCUGUGCGGCAGCACGAGAAGGGCUGACUUUCCUCCUGGUUGCCCCAGCCCCACACCAACCACUCAGCAUGCCUGGGAGGAAGCAACCGGGUCACUGCUGGAGGAUUGUGGGGUGCCACCUCUAACGUCCUGGAUGUUCAGAGAUGAACUAAUUGCUCUCCUGACUGAUGCGGACACUGCCCAGACCGGCAUAUUCCGAGUGGGGGUCGCCGAGAGCAAGGGAGAGCUGAGCCACCUGCCCAAGUCGCCGCUUGGUCAGACAGGUCGGCGUGAAGCCAUUAGAAGGCACCCUGCUUCUGAUUUCUCAGGAGUGGCCUCCAGCUCCCUAGAAGGCCGCCCAGGAGACUCAUCUGUCCAGGAUGCUGACGGUCACUGGCACACGUGGGGUGCCUGGAGACCACUAAACGAAGGAAAGCAAGUUGCCUACCGCAGGAGCACCAGGAAAAUGGCAAUGCUUGCCAGAGUGAUAGGACAGCAGGGAGGGCACUUGCCUUGCACACAGCUGUCCCAGGUUUGAUUCCUGGCUCCCCGUGUGGCCCCCUGAGGAUGGCCAGGAGUGAUUCCUGAGCACAGAACCAGGUAUAAGCCCUCAGCACCAUGAGGUGUGGCCCCCGAAACCUAAAAAGGAAAAGGAGAGACUGGAGUGAUAGUACAGCAGAGAGGGCACUUGCCUUGCACGCGGGCAAUCUGGGUCUGAUCCCCAGUCAUCCCAUAUGGUCCCCCCGAGCACCACAGGAGUAAUUCCUGAGUGCAGAGCCAGGUGUGACCCCCCCAAAAAAGAAAAAAUAAUAAGGAAAAGCAGCAGUACCACAGACAGACACCAGAGGGAGCAAUUUCAGGAUGCCUGCAAAUCUCUGGCUGGGAAAUUGCUCUUAAACUAGGGGUUUCACAGGCCUCUGCUGUCUCUUGGCCCCUGAAUUGGGGAUGAUCUUCCUUCUAAGAAUGGGAUAUGUGGCUGUUCUAUUAAAUGCACAAAGCACAGGAACAAUGUUACAGAGCACAGGAUAGAACAAACAGCUCAGGAACAGAAAUUCUGAGAAUACAAAUCCUAAGGAAAUGAAGAUCUAUGAAUGACAUGACAAUUCAGAUAAAUUGUGUUAAAGAGGACCUAUGGUCCACAGGAGCCAACUAAAUGAAAUCAGAACAGUGCAUGAACAAAAUGAGACAACAAAAUAGCUUAAUAAGAAAAAGGCCAGAGCAAUAGUCCACUAACCUUGCAUGCAGCCAACCCAGGUUCCAAUCUUCAGCACCCCAUAUGGUCCCCUGAGCACAGAACCAAAAUAAAACUCUUAAGCACAGCUAGAUGUGGCAAAAAAAAAAA